AUGGAUGGAUAUUCGAGACAUGACAUUAGACGAUGGGUGGACAACGUACUACUACAAUCGCACAGUGAUGAAUUGGAUGAAGAAAACCACGUCGACGGGUUUCAACUGGGUGAGGGAGUGACGCUGGAGGCUGGUGAACACAACAACCUAUCGGCAAGAUCAGAACCAGUAUUCCAAUUCAUCGAUGAUCCGGUAGACAACAAGUCAGUGUCAACCAAGACAGCCACAACAACCAAAAAAACAGUCAAGUCGACAAAGUCCACGAAAACAGUCUCGGUAGCAGGAUCAACGCCAACGGAACCCGAGACAACAUCAAUAGGAAUAGAACCCCCUACGCUUACCCAGUCCCUCCCGACACCAGCAGUCACUUUCACCGUCAGCACCGUCAGUGCUUCCGCACAACCGCAGCCGAUAACAACACUCACUCCAAUCUCACACUCAGCCAGGCCCGCGCCCACCAAGACAAAGGACCACAAUGACGAGCCAGAAAAGACAAGUUCAGCCACCAUCACAAGUGGAUUUGUGACCAUGACGACUGGCAGCAGCACAACAGCCAUAGCGGCAUCAAUCGCCAUCACCAGCAGUGUCACCACCAGUGUCUUGACUUCGGCCACGGCGAGCCCAGCCAUCAACAAUGGAGCUGCUUUAGAAGGGGUACAGCAGAAGGAGGCCGCUCACGGGCACAUGUCAGGAGGCGCAAAGGCCGGCAUCGCUAUUGGAGUCGUUGCCGGUGUCGCCAUGUUCGGAAUUGUCUGUUUUUGGCUCUUGAAGUGCUUCCGCUCCCGCAAGUCGGAAGCCGACUCCGAGUCCUCCAUCCGGGCCUUCCUCUCCGGCGAGAAAUCCGGUGAAAACGGCCUCCCACCUCCAGCAACUGCUGCAGGCGGUGCAGGCGCCGACCAGCUCUCAACCAACUUCGACCCACGCAGCAACUCUCAGAUACUCGAUGAACUAAUCGCCGCUUCCUAUGCCCACCAGAACGGCCAUGACAACACCAACAACACCUACAGCAUUCCUAACGGCUACGUCCUCCCUACCGCCCUCGACGAGAAACGAGCCGACAGCGCUCAUCCCGUGACCAUCAUCCGGCCAGCGCCCACCCACCAGCCCGAAAUUCGCAAGUCCGUCGCCAGCUGGCUGCGCAAACACCACCCCCUGAAACUGAAUCCUCUUUCCAUCCGAGGCAGCACAUUCUCUGCUUUCAGCCGGCGGGCCUCGUCAGCCUACGGCAGCUCCCAACAAGGAGGCGGGCGGGAGUCGAUAGCUUCUGAUUAUCCUGCUACCCCUUACGACCCAGACGCCCCUCCCAUGCCGGAAAUCCCCGCUACAUACUUCAACGAAAUCUCGAAGCCGCUGAGUCCGAUGCCCAAGAAGCCCCCGACUGCUGCACAGAAUAUGAAGGCGAUGAAGUUCCAGAGCAUGUGGUCGGAUAGCAGUGCGGGAACGGACAUGGAUCAGGACCGGUCGAGAAUGACGGUUUCGUCGGAGGGAAACGAGUCGUUGUUUAACUUGUACAAUGGCCAGAUGCAAGGUGGGCAGGAGGGAAAGUCCCCGUCGCAGGUUGUGACUUCUUUGUCGCCGCCGCCUUUGGUGAUUAAUCGCCAGGAUCAGGAUCAGGGUCAGGGUCAGGGUCAAGCUCAGAGGGCGAGUUCACCUACUUUGAGGCCGUAG